UCUACACAGUUAUUAAAAAAUUGAAUUGAUUUGAUUCGAGGAACCUAUUAGCAGAUCAUCUUCAGACCUAGGAGAGAAAAGAAUAAAUAAAUAUUCCGGAGUACGUGCUACGUGCUGAGGAGGACACCGGAGAAGUUGUGUAGUUUUCAAUCAGGAUUAGGACGGUUGAUUAGGAAGAUGACCACGUUAGAGAAGAAGUACGAAUACGUGAUACAGGCCAUAGAGCAUUUAAAGCACAGAAAAGCCAGGCCGGAUCUCGAAGGAAUCAAGAAUUACGCUUUCCGACGCCACGGCAUCGAUCCCGUAACGUGUUGCGCGGACGUCGAUGAGCUCAUCGAAAAUGAACAAAUCAUCAAAGUGGAAUUCAAGGGCCGCACCAGCUACCGCAAUGCAGCCAAAUAUUUUGGGCCGGACGCUGCGAAUACUUCCACCACAGUGGAGAGUUCUCCACAGCAGCAGCCCAGAGAUGCUAGUCCUGAACCAGUUACCUACAGCUCUGCUGUCACAGCAGCUAUUGCAGCUAUUCUUUGCGAUCAGCCAACUCCUCCAAGUCAAACUGGAGCUGUAAACAUACGAAGCAUUGCAAGUUACCUGCAGUCAAGAGAUCAUGGGAGAUAUUCCAGAAAGUAUAUUGACAAUCUCAUUGACCGGGAGAUAACAGCUUGCAACAUAGCUUCCAUCAGCAAGGAAACCUUUACCUUGCCACCAAGUGUCUUGAAAAAUCUUGAUCGUAGGUGGAAGCAUGAGCACAUGAAAAGCAAAAGGAAGUCGACUGGGGCAGCAGAAGACUUGAACAAAUCAAAGAAUCAAUUGAACAAGAGCAAAAAUGUUCCUAGCAAAGUGGAAAAGUCGCCACCACCGACGCCACCCCGACCAGAACGUGUCGGCCAACGAAUGAAAAGGGCCAAGAAAGUUUUCGACCCGUCAGACGUCGAGGUGAUCCCCAGAAAACGCGGUCGCCCCGUUGGGACGGGCAGAAAAAACCGUGAAUUGCGCAAUAGCUUUGCCACGACACCGGAGCGAUCCAAAAGUCCGUUUCUAUUAACCGGAUCUUCGCCCCCCAACAGCUACUCGCAUUCCGAGUUCAAAGCGUGUCUCCUCUGCAAAUACUACACCGUCAUACUACGAGGAGUCACCUCAAAAAUGCUCGUCUGCUCCGAAUGCAACCGAAACGUUCACGCCAAAUGCUUGGGAUUCGAUCAAGACGUCCUGCCCCGUGUCCCGGAGUCGGAAUGGAAAUGCCCCGAUUGCCGUCCCUGCAGCAUCUGUAAACUUGUUCAGGAACAGGACACGGUUCUGUUAUGCUGCGAGUGCGACACGACGUUCCACCGCUCGUGCCUGGCUUCACCACCGGCGUCUACGCCCGACGGAUGUUACUGGGCUUGCGACGACUGCCGAGCCAACGAGUCGGUGGAGAAGACUCCGGUCAAGGACAGCUCGUCGGAAGAAGGCAAAGUUGAGAACAACAGCAGCAAGAUCUCGUCGUCAUCGUCGUUUCAGCCCUUGGCGCCCAUUAGUCUCGGUCCGUGGGUGUUUGGCACGCGCCAACUGGAACUCAAGGGCCCUCCGUUCGAGUGGAAUUGCGUCCCCAAUCCCGACCCGAGUAUUCCCGACGCUUCGCUCUGGACUUCGGAAGACGUUCAAAGUUACUUCAGCCGGCUGGGAUUCGAAGAGCAGGCCGCUCUGUUGCGCCACAAUGAAAUCGACGGUCCGUCCCUGUUGCUGAUGAAGAGAAACGACGUCGUCGGCAACAUGGGAUUGAAGCUGGGCCCGGCCGUCAAGAUCUACAACCACAUUCGCCGUCUGCAGACACGUCGCGACGAUCUGAUUUACGCUUAAGCCAAUUGUAGAAGAAAAACCGUCGCUAAGUUUGCAACAUUUCCCUUCCACCUUUCUCCUCUCCUCACCAACAUUUUUGAAACUUGGAACAAGAAAGCCGGAAGAAGAAGAAGACACAAAUCAUUAAAUCCCCCAAAAUGCAAUGAAAUCUCGACGCCGAACAAGUUCAAAACAAGGAGACGUGGCAUAAUCAUCUUUUCGUUAUUCCUUUCUUGUUGUAAUAAUCGUCACACAUUUACAAUAAAGGGAAAAACGAAAUAAGCUGCCCACAAUAGUUCAGUUUCAGUUCGAAUUCCAGCGAAGCGGCUACAUACGCGCAUGAUGAGAAACACUUACACACAGACAUACGCACAUCACACUCGCGCGCGCGCGGCAAUCGCACACACACACACAAACAAAAACCAACAUUUUCUCGAAAAAAUCAGAAAUAUUCGUCUCCUCCCAAAAGAAAACCGAAAAGGCGAAAACCAACGACACGAAAACGCGCAACUCAAAAUGAAACGGGGCAGGGAACACGGAAAUAAUAAUGAAGCGGUUGGGAUGAUUGGCCACGACGAUGAAGAGAAUAAUAAUACAAUCAUUAAUGAGUGGGGGAUCGAACGCGCUGACAGUAUGAGGCUGAGAGACAUGAGCCAACGGAAAUCGGUUGUGAUCGUACAGAAACACAAAUGAAACUCACCGACGGUUUUAAAAAAAAAGAAAACUUAAGUACAAAGUGGAAAUCGCCCCGAGGAAGGCCUUUCCGGUUUGCGUGUUUCUGUUUUCCUAAAAAAAAAAAACAAUUGUCGCACAAAACAACGAAAUAAAUAAAUUACAAAGUUAAAAAAAGUAAGAAUAAAAUAAAAUCCCAAAAUAACAGCGCGCCAUUUUUUUGUGUUUUAGUUAUUUGUCUUCUCGUGACGGGAAUGAUAUGGCAGAAUGCAGAAUGUUGGUCAACCAAUGAGCUGCCUUCGAUAAAUGACGUGGGGCUCCGUAAAAAAAGCGCACAACUUCCGAAAUUCGGUACGGUAUGGUAAUAAAAAGCGGAACACUGAAAAUAAUCGGUAUUUGCGGGAAUUUUUGUCUUUUUU